UAUGAACUAAAUAUAACAUCAAUUUCAGACUGAUAGCUACAACUGCCAAAUUCUACAAACAUUCAGUUCCUGCAUAAGCUUCAUUAUGGCAGAAGAAUCAGAGAAAGAGGUAAUGUUUAUGAACAGAGAAAUAUCAAAGAUGCCAUGUUUUCGUGAAACAUUUCUCUAUAGCAUUAGUUCUGGGCUUGCAGUGGGUCUCAUCCAUUUUAUGCUAACAUCAAAAGUCCAGCGCUCUUCACACCUAGCAUUUGGCACAUAUGGAUGUGUUACAUUAGCGUACUGGUCAUACUGUCGAUACAACUUUUCAAAGCAGAAGUUCCAUAUGAGCAAGAUCCAGAGUGCCAUGAAAAAUCAUGCUCUAUAUGAAGGCACUGAAAUGGAGAAGCAGAUUAAAAAAAUAGAUUAAUAGGAAGAUUAUAAGGUUUCAGGAAAGUUAUUAACAACCCAUGUAUCUUCAGUGGCUUGAUGGAAGGAUGUAGGACAGGUCUCCUUUUACAGUGCUAUUAAUAAGAUGUAAGUUUUCUUACCUCAGUGGGAGAUAACCAGCAUGUUGAAAAAGAAAUUUUCCAAGUAACAACAUUAUUUGUUAAUUACAAAACCUAAACUGAUCAGUGUGAUAUUUUAAUAUGAGUUAUUAUGUGGAAUCUUGAGUACUAUACAGUACAAAGGAAUACAGUAUGUCAGUCCUAUUGCCCAAACGAAAAAUUUAUCUGUAUAUAUGUAUAUAUUUAAUAAAUCAUAUUCAAUAUCUUUA